AUGCCUCCAGACGAGAACAAGAGCCUCACCAGAAUCCUGGACACCCUAGGACUCUCCAAAGUCCAAACGACGCUGGAGAAGAAUCCGACGCCGCCCAUUGACCCGGCACUGUCUCUGGGGACACAGCCGUUCGCACCAUCCAUUCCGGUUCCGCACCCCAUUGCACCACCCGGGCAGCUUCCUCCCGAGUUCUCCCUGCCCUUGGACGUGACUUCCUUCGGUCUGGGUGACAACAGACAUGACGAAAACGCCCAAGUCUGGAACCGGGCCCGGGACGUCGUGCCGAGAGGAAUUGCGGAUUGGGACUGGAGCCCGCCGGAAAACAACGAAAUCAUCGAAUCCACGGGCGUGGACAUCGCCAGCGUGCGGGCUCCGAGUCAUCCGUUGUUGAGCUCGUACUCGGAGGCCGCUCUGAGCGACGUCGACAACGACGACAGCGCGUCCGGGACGACGGAAGAAGAUCUCGUCAACCAGCUCUCGGACCGGCUGGGAUCGCUGCACAUCGGACCCAACGGCCAGAUCUCUUACUUUGGACCGACUUCGAAUUUUAGCCUGGUUGAAAUGCCGGCCGGGAGCGAAACUUUGGCUGUGGACCGAACUGUACGGAACGACGGCCAGGAACACUUGGACAAUUUGGGGUACGGAAAGACGAUUCCGCCGGAUCUCGAGGAGCACCUCAUCAAUCUUUACUUUGCGUGGCAAAAUCCGUCAUCUCCAAUUAUUGACCGGACUCUGUACGAAGAGGCCAAGUUUAAGUGGCUUGAACGAGAAGAGGAUACGCCGUAUUACUCCGAGGCUCUCAGAAACGCAAUGUGCUCUUUAGGUGCCGCCUUCGAAACGCGAUAUCAUCCGAGGUUUGUGACCUUUCCAAAGUCUCUUCCAGACUUUUUCGCCGCACGAGCCAAAACCCUCCUGGAGAUCGAACUAGACUCCCCCUCGGUUUCAACAGUUCAGGCCAUGGUUGUCCUCAGCAGCCACGAGAUCGGAGCCAAUAGGGACUCAAGGGGCUGGUUGUACAGCGGAAUGGCUAUACGACUUGCUUUUGACCUGGCGCUUCAUAAAGACAUGACUCCGUACGUUGCAAAGGGGAUUCUAACGCACGCCGAGGCCGAGUUGCGUCGAACGGUCUUUUGGGCUACAUAUGUGGUGGAUCAGAGUCUAGGAUAUUACAGGGGUCGACCGUUCCGCGUCAGUUUGGAUGAUAUCACAGUUCACAAGCCCACGGGCAGCACAACGGACGGUGCAAAAUGGUUUCCGUACACUUCGCCGAGCAGCAACGGCUCCGCAUCGGAGAGCUUCGUCGAGGACGUCAAUCUCCAGAGAAUAGGAUUGUGCGAAAUCAUGGCGCCUCUCGGCCACACAUUAUACGGCAACUCCAAAAUACCCAAAAACAUUUUACAAGAAAACAACGAAAAGAUUGUGUCGAGGCUCUUCGUAUGGAAGGAGAAACUCCCAGCAAUUUUACAAGUCGACCCGGACGACGCCGAAGGCACCUAUUUGCCACACGUCCUCCUACUCCACAUGCAAUACUACCAAAACGUAAUCCACUCCCACAGGCCGUGGAUGUCCUCCUCCUACCUCCAGCCCCAACCGCCCCAGGGCCCGGGCUACAUGCACGCCCAGCGCAUGUGCAUCGAGUCCGCCGCCGCCAUCGCCAAGCUCAUCCAGACCUACGAGCGCCUCUACUCCCUCCGCCGCGUCAGCAUCCAGGGCGUCGCCGUCGUCUUCUCCGCCGCCGUCAUCCUCAUCUUCGCCUCCAUGUCCCGCCGCCGCCGCAGGAGGACCGCCGAGACCGCCACACACCUCAGCGUCUGCUUCCGCGCCCUCGAGGAGCUCUCGUCGUCGUGGGAGUGCGCCAAGAGGGCCCGCGACUUCUUGAUGAUACUGCAGCGCAAGUGGGAGCUCAGGUCGAGGAGGCUGAGUCAGGGGGCCGGAGGCGGAGGAGGAGGAGGAGGAGGAGGAGGAGGAAGGGCGAGGAAGGCUGCGGCUGGGAUGGUGCCGGGACUCGGGUUCGUGAGGCCUGGCGACCAGGGCUCGAGGAAGAGGGCGAGGACGGAUAGUCCGGCCGGCACGGGGACGUCCAAGAGCAUGAGUAGUUUUCAAAGUAUAUCGCCCGUCCAGCCCGGUGAGCAGCCGGUCGACGAGCAGAGGGAGGACCACGGGGGGAUCGAUAUGGACAUGAGGCUCGACCUCGACUGGGUCUUCACGACGGGUGGUCAGGCGAUACCGGGAAACUGGGAUAGUCUGUUGCCCCCGGACGCGCUGUAUUUCAAUCACCACGGAGCGGGAUAG